CCACCAAUUGACCUUUGUACUUUAGUGUUGCGCUACAGCCAAGUCGAUCUACAAGCCGUACGAAUAUCACACCAUGGCGGAGGUUUUUGCUUGUCAAGUAGAGGUUCUGGACGGAUCCACCGUCAGUAUUGAUGUCAAUAAACGCACUAUCGGUGAGGUGCUGCUGUCAGAGGUGUUCAAGCACUUGGGUCUAGAGGAGACAGACUAUUUUGGACUACAGUACCUGGACAGCAAAGAACAAGUGCACUGGUUGGACCCUCAGAAGAUUAUCAAAAAACAAGUCAAAAAGGGAAGAUUCAACUUCAGAUUCCGAGUCAAGCUUUACCCAGUUUCAGUCACCUUCUUGUUUGAGGAAGCUACAAGAUACUUCCUUGCGCUCCAACUUAAAGAGGACUUGCUCAAUGAGAAGCUGUUUUGCUCUGAGGACACCCUGGCAGUGAUGAACAGUCUCAUAGUGCAGGGGGAGGCUGGGGACUUUGACCCAGUUGAUCAUUCAGACGGUUACCUCGACGACUUCCCCAGUCUAGAGGACAAGCCUUUAGAGUUUAAGAGCAAAGUGGCUGAACUGCACCAAAGGAACCAUGGUCUCCUGCCUGCUGAAUGUGACAAACGCUUCCUAGACGUUGCCUGCAGAUUGGAGAGAUAUGGAAUGGACUUUCAUCCUGUACUUGAUAUAUCCAGUAUCAACUUGCUCUUGGGCAUAUCGGCUAAAGGAGUGACUGUGUUUUGUGGGGAGCAGCCUUUCCUCACUCCCCUCAACAACUUCCCAUGGGUUCGUAUUGCUGGAGUAAACUUCAAAGGAAAGCAGAUUCUCUUUGAGAUGGUAACACCACCUACUGAGAAGUACACUGAGGUGAUUGUGUUCCACUGCCCCACCAGGCAAAUUUGUAAGACCCUCUGGAAGUCAUGUGUGGAACAUCAUACUUUCUUCAGGACUGUGAGGACUGACAACAUUCGCCGCCCCUCAACCAACUCUCUCUUCAGACGAGGCUCCACCUUCCGCUUCAGUGGCCGCACUCAGUUCAAGCUCUUGCAAGAGGGGACACAAUCACGUCGCUCAUCACGAAGAUUUGAGAGGAUUAGCUCUCGGAACAGGAGUGGGCGAAGGACCAUGUGAUCUGAGAACUAACUGUCUGCAGUGUCUAGCCACUGAUUUUUAUUCAUGGACACUAAAUAGAGUAUUAUACAUACUUAUAAUUAUAGAGAGACUGUUCAUUCUUUUUUACUCAUAGCUACACAUAAUGUAUUUUUUGUUCCAUUGUAAAGUUGUUAAACAUUAUAUUAUACCGGUA